GCCGCCAUCUUGGUGCCGCGUUCCCUAUACAAAAUGCCCGGUGAAGCCACAGAAACCGUGCCUGCCACAGAGCAGGAGUUGCCACAGCCCCAGGCUGAGACAGGGUCUGGAACAGAAUCUGACAGUGAUGAAUCAGUACCAGAGCUUGAGGAGCAGGAUUCCACACAGGCAACUACACAACAAGCCCAGCUGGCGGCAGCAGCUGAAAUCGAUGAAGAACCAGUUAGUAAAGCAAAACAGAGUCGGAGUGAAAAGAAGGCACGGAAGGCUAUGUCCAAACUGGGUCUUCGACAAGUCACAGGAGUUACUAGAGUCACUAUUCGGAAAUCUAAGAAUAUCCUGUUUGUCAUCACAAAGCCAGAUGUCUACAAGAGCCCAGCUUCAGAUACCUACAUAGUUUUUGGGGAAGCCAAGAUUGAGGAUUUAUCUCAGCAAGCACAGCUCGCAGCUGCUGAGAAAUUUAAAGUUCAAGGCGAAGCAGUGUCAAACAUUCAAGAAAACACACAAACUCCAACUGUACAGGAGGAGAGUGAAGAGGAAGAGGUUGAUGAAACAGGCGUGGAAGUUAAGGACAUAGAAUUGGUCAUGUCACAAGCAAAUGUUUCAAGAGCAAAGGCAGUCCGAGCCCUGAAGAACAACAGUAAUGAUAUUGUAAAUGCUAUUAUGGAAUUAACAAUGUAACCAUCCGAAAACAAGGACCUUUUUUUGGUGUUUCAAAAGAGUAACUAACUGCAGUUUGGUUUGAAAUUUGUACUGUUUCUAUCAUUAAUAAAGUUAUGGCUUCUUGUUGGAUGAA